CCCAGCCAUCCCUCAUCAACCACCUCUCCUAUCAACAUUAAUUGAGGUUAUCAAAUCCCCAUUUCCUUCUUGCAUGAGGACCGGGGACUCUGAAAGCAUUGCUACACAGCACCAUUGAUUCUCGACUAACAUAUACCAGAUUUGAGGCACCUCACUCUUCCCCUUUUCAUCUCAAUCCAUUUCUUCGUGCUUCUACUAUGUCUCAAUCUCAUCCCGAAGGCCGGAUAUGGGCUUCGCUUCCUCUCAUCAAAUUUUCAAGUGUCACAUAUCCUUCUAACAGUAUUUGCCCGACAUGGAGUCACCUUACAUCCAAUAACCUCAGGGUAGUCAUCCAGACGUCCCGUGUAGUUGAUGAUAAUGGAGCAUACGAUCAACGGGUCAUGCUGAGAGCAUCGAAAGGGUCCGAACUCUUGGUCUCGCAGGAUCUUGAGCGCCUCGUCAGGAUUCGUCAACACGAUGCGUCAAUGGUGGAAGUGGCACAGAUCAGUCCGCGUAUUGCCAUGCGAUAUCCUCUGAACGAAGGAGUCGUACGGAUCUUGACCCCUGAUCCUGAUCUGUGUAGCUAAUUGUUUGUUGAGCAGAUCCAGAAAUUUGAAAUGAGAUUCGGCAACAAUGAAGAUUUUAUUGUCGUUGUAGAAAUCAUGAGAAGUCUUGGGCUACCAAUGAGGGAAGGAGGCCCGAGCCAGAAGCAAGUCUUUCAAAUUCAACGAACACACGAGUUUCCCUUGCCUGCCCCACUGACAUUUAUGUCUUCAUCCCCGGCAAUAGAUCGACCCGUAUCAGCAUCCUCAACCAUUAUUCACAAUACAUCCUCUAGCCGCGCAGGGUUACAUCAGUUCACAGACUUCAAAGUACCUGAGAGGCCUGCAACAGUGGAAAGUAUGCGACAGAGGUCUGGCUCGUCUCAAGUAGCCCCGGUGGCCUCCGACUCAUUUGCAAACUUGAGCCCUUUGCCAACAGUAGCUCAAGCCCGCGCAGCUUCCUUUCGGGAAGGGACGAUGUCGUCGCACUUGUCGAAUCGGGAGAGAGAGAACUAUACUCAACGGCCGUCACAGCCCCUUUCCGAUGAAAUCGUUCCUGGCAAUAUGAAUACUCAAUCGAAGCCAUCACUUUACAUCCGCCAGUUGCAGACGGAGCGAGCAAAUAAGUCCGAUAGCCUGACUUUCGGAUCCCGAACAUUCUCCACGUCGCCUUUCUUUCCCAUCCUCCCGGCUACGACCAGCCAGUCUUCGGAUCCGUUUCGGUCGGACUCGAUGUCAAUCUCGCAAAAAGACAUUUCAAGUAAUAUUACGAUACCGCCAAGGGCAGAUUCACCAACCAGUCGACCAUCCUUCACGUCAACAAAACUUCAAGACUUGAUGAUACCUCCAAGAAGACAGCUACCUUUCGAUAGGCCCGUAUCUACACCGGCUGACCUUCAAAGUCUCACAGUACCUCCAACACGUGAAUCGCCGUUUAGCCCACCGGAUCUCGCGCCGCGAUCAUCAUCUGCAAUUGACCUACCACCCCUUCCAAAACCCACACCUAUAACGAAAGCCAAUAUCACAAACCUUGAUAAUCUCGGGACCUCAAGUGGAUCAGCAAUAGUUGCUCCAAUCAAGCGUGUUGCGCAAAGAAAGCCGCGAGCUCUCAAGGCAGCCAAUCCGAGUGCAUUGUCACCGCUGAAGACCGUGACUCGUGAGAUGGUUGUCACACCUCCUCUAACAAGGAUUGAGGAUGCGCCGUCUCCACUGGCUGCGAAAAGUGCGGCACUAUCUCGCCCUGCGUCGGCAGCAUCCGGAUUAGUGUCGAAAGCCACUGCUCCCAUCACGAAGCGUGUGCCCGCACCCAUCCGUCCUCCCUCGAGCACGAAACGUCAAAAGAUGAUUGACCAGAGUACUCAAACGCAAACACUAUCUGGUCGGGAUCAUACCGUGAAGGAAAAGUUGGCCGUUACCAACAAUUUUCUAGAAGAUGCUGCUGCCCUAGCUCCUAAGCUAGCUGCUCCACCUCAAUUGUUCUUGAAUGACCUGGACACCUUCGUAGCUAAUCACAGGGAUCGAGCAGUUCCACAGGAGAUUUGGCAAAGGCCUGGAUACGCAGAGGCUGAUGCAGAGCGCCGUCAAGUUCUCCUCGAUGACUUCAUUUGCCAGAAUCUCGAGAAUGCCGAUUUCUUACAGCUAUGUGCUGAUACAGAAGUUGCUUGGAGGCGAAUCGGACUUGGAAUGUAAGACUGCUCGUUAAGUACUUCUCUUGUCAAGAUCUGCUGCGAGUCGGUAUGGCAUACGAGUUGUGGGUUUGACAGUAUGGCAUGGCAUGGCAUGAGCAUAGUUAUUUUGCUUCGCAAUCUGAUGUAAUGCACGAUGUAAAAAUAUGGCCGCUAGAUACCGAUGGCAUAUCGCUUCAUGUAUUGCUUCGACAGACUUCACACUAGUCAUAAUAUACAAUACUCACUUUCCUUUCGACGCAGGCUUCUCCAACAAUUUAGCGGGGAUGAAUGGAAGGGUGCUGGAAGCUCUUAGUCUCGCUCUUAACACCUGGCUCAGCCCCGUCGGGGAUCAAAUCUAGGUAACAAUGUGUGAGUUCUCUAUCAGUUGCAACCUUCUACAGCCCGAAACUGAUACGUCCGUUGUUCACUGAUCAUCCUUGACUCCUCUGGGCUAUUCUUCGUCUUGGAAGCCUCAUAUCAUUUCUUCAUCCGUGGAUUGAUUAGAAACUAUUUUGACCAGGGAGGUAAAUCUUGACUAAUUACACCUCCAUAAGUUGAAUUUCAUUAAGAGCAUUGAGACGUAGGGCAGAAGGUCUGAGACUACAAUGUCUAUAAGGUACAUUUGUUAUAUACUAGAUCACGGCCUAGUUUUUCACGUCCUGAGCUAACUUCUGUGCUCCGCUGGACUAUUAGCAGUCCUGCAUCCCCGAUACGGUAAGGUCUGUUGGGCCAACUAUGAUCUACUGAUGGAGCCACACUAAUUCUUUUUUUUCCCUCGAAUUUUGGGAGUAAGACAUAAACUGCUAUAGACCUUCUUCUUACUACACGAAUAUCGUAAUUCUCUAUCUCCCACUGUGAGUCUAUCAAAUCAAUACCACAAUCAUCGCUUUUUGAGUACAACAAACCGGCUUCUUCUGACUCCCUGCUCACAACCGGAGUGUCAUAUUCAAUUCAAUCCUGGACUUAUUGAACCUCGUCACAGGCUUGACAAAUUUUGACACAGCACAUCGCCAUGUCUACGUCUGGAGUGAAGCACUUCACUGAUAAAUGCGAAAUUGCGAAGCGAUAUGAGUACGGAAUGAACAUAAAUGAAACAAAACGAAGUAAGCUAAAUCUGCGCAUGACUGUCCCGUACAAAGACAGAAAGAGAACCAUGUUCGCAAAAUCUGCCUUGAGAGGAAUAAAUACUGUUCUUCAAAAUGACCACAGGAGCGUCUGCCAGCCUAUCAGAGGAUCCAUGUCUCUUCGGAGUAGCAUUGAAUCGAAUCGAAAUAAUCAGACAGAUUUUUCCCAAGCUUGGAGGUCUGGACAGAUAGAGAGGCAAGCUCUUCGAAGUUCGAUCAAGAGACCAGCGAUAUACGACGGGAGCUCGCAAU